GAUGAUCCAGUAUAGCAGUGGCUACUAUCGCGAUCUGAAAAGCGCGCGCGCUCACGGCGCGCUCUCUUUGGCCCCCACGAGAGUAUAAGUAGUGUGUAUUACGAGAGUGAGAGAGAGAGAAGAAAAAUGAAGCCGAGGCACAGUAACCACGCCGCCUCGUCUCGGCUCUUUCUCCUCUUCAUCGUCGCAGCUUGCGCAAGCGCUAUCCCUACGAGGAGAUCGAGAAUCAGCGAUGAGGAUGAGCGAGCGAUUUUUACGGAAGCUUAUCACAGGCAUCGACAGCGAGCGAUAUCCUCGCCUUACUUGGUCUCCUACGAGUUCACCGAGAACGUCUGCACUGACGACAGAUGCAACAACGUCGCCGAACUGUUUCUCAAGAGCGUGAAGAAAUCCAUGAACCCCUGCGACGAUUUCUACGGCUACUCUUGCGGCAGGAAGCAGAGCAAGAUGCCGUCGAUUACCAAGGAGAUUCAAGAAAUCUUGGAGCAGCAGUCCGCGGACAAGGAGGAAACUAAGUCUCUGGCACUAGAGAGGAGGCUUUAUCGCAGCUGCAUGGAACAACAGGACGGCGAGCACAAGACCAAGCGCGAGUUCACCCGUCUGCUGGAGCUGUCCGACGGCCUGAGUCUCUUCCGUCGCGAGAAGAGUAAAGGCGAUAACAAAAAGGGACUCGAUUGGCAGUCGAUCGACAACUUCUACGCGUCUCUGGGCUUCGAGAACGCCUUCUUCAACGUCCACGUCACGCGCGACCCCAGAGCCGAGGAGGAUGAUGCCGACGACUCCGACGACGUCAAUCUUAUAUCGCUGAUGCCGCCGUCGCCCCUGUACUUCUACUCGGUGCACAGUCUGCUCAAGUACAAGAACCUCACGGGCAUAGUGUCGAACCUGCUGCAGCCCGACGAUGCCGAGUCCUACGUCACCGACUACGAGGACGUGAUCGGCUUCAAUAACGCUCUGCACGAGAUUCUACCGCCGCUGGGAAUGUUCGAGGAGAACGUGACCAGCUUGAUCGGCAAUAAAAUGACGCUCGCGCAUUGGCAGAGCGUUUACGACUCGGUUAUUGAUGAUCAAGGGCUCGAGAGACCAGCCGAGAAGAAUCACAUCGAUUGGUUGAGGCUCUUGAAUUCCCUCCUCAAGACGGCCAACGUACGCAUAGACAAGCACGACUACAUCGUGCUGAAGAAGCUCGAUUACUUCACCAAACUGGCCGAGCUUCUCGACAGAACUUCACCGGUUACGGUCGAGAAGUACAUCCACUUCAAGUUCCUCACACAGAUCAGCAAGUAUUUGAGUCCGAGUUUAGCUCGAUUUUUCGAAAAUAUUCCCGACAGAUCGACCUUCUGCAUAAAGCAAUCGGACAAUCAGCUGAUAGGUGCGACCUACGAGUACAUCAAGAGGCACGUCCCUCACGAGCAGAAAGUCUACGCCGAGGAGGUCAUCCAGAAUAUACGCGAGGCCCUCUCGGAUCUUCUAUCAAACGCCAAGUGGAUGGACAAUGAGACCAAGACGUACGCCAUCAACAAGCUGAAGCAUCUGAAAAUCGUUGUGGGAUAUCCCGACUGGCAGAGGGAUAGGAAGCUCGUCAAUAACUACUAUGGCAACUUACACCUGCACUCGAACUUCUUCGAGAACAUCAUCAAGUACAGGAGGAGGGCUCUGAUCCACGAGCUACGAGGAUUGAAGCACCCGCACCUGUUCGAUCCCAACACCAUGUCCAAGAAAUUCGUGCCGCUGAUGUACCACUUUGAAGUCAACAGCCACACGAAUCGUAUACUUUUCCCAACGGAAUACCUGAACGAAAACAAGUACAAAUUAUUCAGCCCCAAGUUGCCAAGCGCAAUCAACUACGGAAGCUUCGGAUCAAUGCUGGGCUCGAUCCUCUACGAUUACGUGAGUCUCACAGACAAUCUGAAGUACAACGAGUUCUACACUCGCACGAUAGAAGGUCUGUCCAAAGACACCAUCGACGCCUACAAGGUGAAGGAGAAGUGCUUAUCCAAUCAGCUGAUUAACUACAAGAAGUCAGCGUCCAAGUUCGAUCAACCCUUGGCGUCGGUGAUAGACCGGGACACCAUCCAGGUGGACAAGAUCUACGAGAAGAUGACGGGUCUCCGGGCAGCCUUCGAAGCCUACCGUAAGGUCGAGUCCGAGACCUCGGCAGAACUUCUUCCCGGCUUCGAGGACAUGAGCCAGCAGCAGCUGUUCUUCUUAUCCUACGCCGAGAGAAUUUGCGAAAUCGGCGACAUUUACGAUAACUACGACGCUUAUGAAACCUCGUUGAAAGUCAACGGCGUCGUGGCGAAUCUCGAGGCGUUCUCCGACGUGUUCCUAUGUCCGAAAGACAGUCCGAUGAACCGACAGACCAAGUGCGAGCUUUUUUCUUAAGCGAUACCAAAGUGUCUCGGAGGAGGAGAAUCUUCCUAUCUUUAUUUUAAAGUAUUUCAUAGUAGGUACCUUAAUCUAAUGUUCUUCUUUUUUUUUUCUCAAAAAAAAAAAAAGAUUCUCCGUAUUUUUCUUAGAGGUCGACUAUAGAGCCGGUUGGCCAAGAUUAGUUUUUUUCUUCUUUUAGAGGGCAUUAUCGACAAUUAUACUGCUAUAAUAAACGUUUACGAGCAUUACGACACGUAUUUGUAUAUAUUAUAAAACACACAUGUCCUCUUUCGACGAUUCGAGAAUUAUUAUACACACACACACACAGAUAUUUUUUUUUUACUUGUGCGUGCCUAGUCGUAAGUGUCCGCGGUAGAAUGUAGUAAUUUAAAAAAGCAACUAAAGAAGCUGCGUGUAGGAUACAAUCUCUACGUCUUAGAUGUACUUAAUAUUUGUAUGAUUAUGUAAAUAAAUGUGUAACAGAAUUUUUUAUAAUAA